AUCUUAAGAAAUCUUAAAUGAAUUGAAUACCUCGUGAAAUCUAAAAAAUUCAAAUUGAAUACGGUGGAUAUAUAAUGACUCUUUACCCAUCCUAAUUGAAUACCUAUGAGUUUUUAGGAUCGUUAAAUAUGCAUGUAAAUCUUAAUCUAAUACACCCGUGUAACAUGAUGCUGAAACCCUAUUUCUUACUUUCACAUUCGCUGAUGCUGAUCAAAAUCCAAGCGCUUAUUUCUUUAAUCUCCCUUUCUGAAAAAUGUCAUGUGCAGGGAAAUCUGGUUCGAAUUGGUUAGACCGUCUUCGAGUUUCAAAAGGUUUUCCAGCUGGUAAUGAUGUCGAUCUUGUACAUUUCUUAAACCCUAAUACUAGUAUCGAAACUAAUUCAGUUACUGAGACGAAUGAUGAAAAGGUGAAUAAUAAUAAAUCAGUCGAUAUGGAAGAAGAUGAUGAAGAAGAAGAAAUCCAAGUAGCAAAGGUGAAAAAGAAACAAUCUCUUACUUAUUCAAGAGAUGAGAAAGAUAAAGAAAAUGAGAAUUUGUUUGAUUUAAUGAGUAGUGUUUUAUCAGAAUUAUUCAUUAUGGAUAAUAAUAAUAACAAUAGUUCUGGUAGAAAAUGUCAAGACAUCAGUUCUAGGAAAACAAGAAGCGGUCGGAAACAGAAAAAUCCCAAACCUUGUGUUAUUAGUAAUGAAAGUGAUGAUCCAGAAACGUCACCUUCUACUGCUGAUGAUAAUAGUGAUAAAGAGGGAGACAAGAAGAAAUUAGGGUUUGAUUUGGAGAAAAAUAAAAAAUGGAGAGGUGGAUUUAUAUCAGGGUAUUCUAGGGCUGAUGUAAUAUACAAGUGCAUCAAUUUGGAAAUCGGAUAAAUGGGUUUUUAGAAAAGGAAAUGUUUGGAAAGUUAGAGAUAAAAAAUCAAGAUGCAGAAAAGUUAUUAGGAUGAGAAAGAAGAGAAAGAGUAAUAAUCAGUUAUCUGAUAGUGAAAAUGGAGACAAAAAGAAGAAGAAAAGGGAGAGGUUACUGAAGAAUUCUCAGUCUCCAUCCUCACCAGAAACAGACAAUGCGUUCAAAUGAAGUAAACACAAAUUGUUUUGCGAGCACUUUCUGUUUGAACUUUAUGGACUUUUGACUGUGGUUCUCUCCUUGACCCCUUAUUGGCACAUUGGUCUUUUUUUUUCCCUGAUGAAAACACAUUAAUCUUGUUAAUUUACCUGUCUUUGCUGAUAAGUUUUGCUAUUAUACCUGAAGGAGGAGUCCUAUACUGAUGCAGAAUAGCCGUGGAAAAACAGUCAAGGAAAAUUCACCUUUAUAUGUUGAAGUUUCCCAAGUAAGAAAACCUCCUAGUCUCAAAUAUCAAUCAUUCAGGUUUGCAUCUGGAAGUUGUUGCAGAAGCGAUAUGCUCUCAUGGGUCUGCUUUAGUCCAAUGAUUUAUUAGGAUUAUGUACGGACAGUAGUAAAGAGGUCGAUCUCAGUUUUCUAAUGAAUUCUAUGCUAUGCCAUGUUAUGGCCAAUCCCAAAUAGGAAGUUAUUUGUAAAACUCAUCAAAUUGAAAUGGGGACUAAUUUUCAUUGAUU